GAAGUGACGCCACUGACGCAACUACGCCGGUUGAGGGCGGAAGUGAGGCCACGGGCGCGAUGGCGCAGGAGGAGGAGGAUGUGAGGGACUACAACCUGAACGAAGAGCAGAAAGCCGUCAAGGCCAAGUACCCGCCCCUCAGGCGCAAGUACGAGUAUCUGGAUCACACAGCGGAUGUGCAGUUGCACGCUUGGGGCGACACUCUAGAGGAAGCAUUUGAGCAAUGUGCCAUGGCCAUGUUUGGUUACAUGACAGACACGGAGACCGUGGAGCCACUGGAUACGGUAGAAGUGGAGACGGAAGGACAUGAUUUGCUGUCCCUCCUGUUUCACUUCUUGGACGAAUGGCUUUACAAGUUCAGUGCUAACGAAUUCUUCGUACCACGGGAAAUCAAAGUACUUCACAUUGAUCGAGUGAACUUCAAAAUACGGUCAAUUGGGUGGGGAGAAGAGUUUUCUUUGCCUAAGCACCCGCAGGGCACUGAAGUCAAGGCGAUUACUUAUUCAGCGAUGCAGGUGUAUGACGAGGAGAAGCCAGAAGUGUUCGUAAUCAUUGAUAUCUAAGAAUCCAUAAAGGAAGGAUUCGGAAAGAACUGCUCUUUCUAAACCUUUGAGGAAGAGAGAAUUCAAGAGAUGCACUAACACUAAGAGUAAUUUGGUGAUGGACGGUUCAGGAGCCUGCGUCUCCCGUGUUCCAGAUGUGUUUCUGGGGAGGAAGGAUUGUAGUCUCCAAACUGCUUGACAACUGAUGUGAUUUUCUAAAAUCCUUCUUUAGAGUGACUUGAGUUGGAUCAUGAGGACUGCAAUAUGAGAUUAUUAUGCUUGUUAGGAUAAUCCUAGAUUGGGACAGGGGAAAGACAUAUUUUUUUAAUAUCCUCUCUUGAUAGCCCAAGGUAUCAGGAGGACCAUUUCAAAAUGUUCAACUUAUUUAUAUAUACAUUUUUUUUAACAUGCCACCUCUCCUAUACUGUUUUCAACCUGGCAUUUAAGGUUUUAGUACAGUCCUGCCAUAUUUCAACUUGCUUCCUUAGGGCUUCAGUUUGGCAGUAGCUCUUCUCACCUCUCGGUGCCGAUGGAUUACCAUAAGGCACAGUCUACUUUUACACUAGAUUAAUUUCCAUUCUCGGCCAAAACAUCCAAAAUACCACAUUCCCAGUCCAGGGUGGCUUAAGUAAAAACUUCCUUCCCAGCACCAGCUGGGAGGGAAGAAGCGGAGCUCCAGGGAAGUAGGAUCACCUCAAGGCUGUUGUCAGGGAAGGGAAGAAGGGGAAAUUCACGUACGCGAUCUUGAUCAGCUUAAGUUGCAUUCAGUAGUAUUUAUUGAGCACAUGCUGUGUGCAGAGCACUGUACUAAGCGCUUGGGAGAGUACAACAAUAAACACACAUUCGCUUCCCACAAUGAGUUCACAAUCUAGAAUUUCUUCCUCUGGGUGCCCUCCCAUGAACUGAAUUUUUGGGCUUUUCUGAGGUGACUGGGCACAUUUUUCAGCUUUCUCUAGGUUGUUUUUUCAAUCAAUUGUAUUUAUUGAGUGCUUG